AUUAAUAGAUACUCUGUGCCGAAUUUAAAAACAAAAAAAAUAAUCCGAAAACAGCUGAUGACUGAUGAAAAGCUAAUUUAUUUGUUUAAAAUUGGACAACCAUUUUCCUAAAUAAUACAGAAUCUCGAAAUGGCUGAGAUACAAACUUUAGUCGAAAUGGGAUUCCCAAAGGAGCGAGCUGAAAAAGCGCUGGCUGUAACGAAUUAUAAAGGCGUGGAACCGGCUAUGGAGUGGUUAUUAGCGCAUGCAGAUGACCCCGAACCGAGUACAGGGUAUACUAUUGAGAGUUCCACGACAAGCAAUCCUGAACCGACCGACGCUCCGGCGCCGCCCGCCGAAACUUCACAACCAAACGACCAAGAAGCGAAGUCAUUUAAAUGUGACGAGUGCGGGAAACUGCUUAAAGACCAGGAUGAAAUGGAAUACCACGCGGCAAAGUCGAAUCACAGCAGUUUUUCAGAGUCUACAGAGGAGAAAAAGCCACUGACUGAAGAAGAGAGAAAGGCUCAAAUGGCGCUACUUGAGGAGAGAAUGAAACAGAAACGGAAAGAGAGAGAGGAAAAGGAGAAGGCUGAAGCUCUGGAACGAGAGCGCAUCCGCAUAAAAUCUGGCAAAGACAUGCAGGAAGCUCGACAGAGACUGCAAGAGCAAGAGAUGCAGAAGCUGGUGGAACAGAGACGCAGGGAGAAAUUGGAGGACCAGCGAGCCAGGGAGAGGGUCCGAGCACAGAUUGAAGCUGAUAAACAAGCUAGAAAAUUAGCGGCGUCAGGUCAGACAGCCGCUCCCGCGCCAGCACCCGCGCCCGCUCCCGCUACCGCUCCCGCCGCCGCGCCCGCUCCCCGCGCCUCCUAUGACCAGGCGCGCAUACAGCUGCGGCUGCCCGACGGACAGUCGCUGUCGCACACGUUCGGCGCCAAAGAACAACUUAGUGCUGUCAGAUUAUACCUACAGAUGCACAACCCAGAGUUUGCACAAAACGACAGUUUCAAAUUAAUGACAACAUUCCCAAAGAAGAUAUUCGCCAGUGACGACUAUGAGACUCCUUUAGAGACUUUAGGACUGGUGCCAUCUGCAGUCAUCAUAGUGUCUAGGGGAGCUCAAUAAAUUUUAUUUUUUAAGUCAGAAUUUCGGUGUGAAACUGUCAAACAAAAAGGAAAAUAAUGUACUUCACUAAUUUAUAUUACAAUACAAUAAAGUAGAUAAUAAUAUUAAGCUGGACUUUCAAAAUAAUGAAAUAAUAUGCAGCUUUUAUUUUUCAUUUGAAAAUUGAAACCUACUUAAUUCAUUUCUAUUGUAUGUUAAGGGUGUAUGAAUGUGACAAACAUUGGUCUAAUAAAAUUCGUGAAUUUAUA